CGGGCUGAAAAAGUUUCUCCAUGGUUCCUUUGUGUCGCCCGAGCGCCCGCUGGCCGGCCGCGAGCUCCCCCGCGCUCCCUGGGAGGCGGUGGCGGAGCAGCUAGUGGGCAGCUGGCGGCCCCCGGUGCACGAGCCUGCGCCCCACAGCUAUCCCCGCACUCCACCAGUUCGCCAUGAUCGCCACUGGUGGCCUCCUGAGGAUUUCGGCCAGAAAGCAGGAUCCGCUGCGUCCUCCGAGCCAGGUCCCCAAGCGCAAGAGGAAAGCCAAGAAGCGGCGCAAGAAUGACGUGGUGGUGGUGAAAGGCAAGCUGAAGCUGUGCUCCAUCUCAGGGCUCAUCGCCCUCUGCGGGAUCCUGGUGCUGCUGGUGGGCAUAGCCAUGGCGGUGGUGGGCUACUGGCCCAAGGCCCACGGGGCCAACAAAGAGGGCAACAAACAGCUGCCACCCGCGGGCAGCGGCCACCGCGUCCUGGCCGCGGCCAACAGCAGCAGCAGCAGCGGCGGCGGCGGCAAAGACCUGCCCAGGAGCCCCCACCCGGCGACGCUGGCGGAUGGCAACUCCAGUUCCGUGGGCGCGCCCAGGACCACGCCUCCUGCGCGAUCUGCAGCCCCGGCUUCCUCCUCCUCCUCCAAGAACAUGGGAUUCUUCUUCCGCGUGUUCUCGGGCUACCUGCACUCGGACAAGCUCAAGGUCUUCGGGCCGCUCAUCAUGGGCAUCGGCAUCUUCCUCUUCAUCUGCGCCAACGCCGUGCUCCACGAGAACCGGGACAAGAAGACCAAGAUCAUCAACCUGCGGGACCUCUACUCCACCGUCAUCGACGUGCACAGCCUGCGCGCCAAGGAUCUGGCCGCCGCCGCUGCAGCCGCGGCCGCCGCCGCCUCCUCAUCCUCCGCCCCCGCGACGGCGGCCCCCGGGGCUGCGCCGCUCAAUGGCUUCCUCAGCUACGUGCAGUCGCGGGGCCUAGAGCUGAAAUCCGGGAGCUGCAGUGGCGCCGGGGACGCCUUCGGGGCGGCCACGCUGCUGCCAAGGGGCUCGUGGCCCCACCCCGCGGCGCUGGGCGAGGGCAGCGGCGGCCGCGGAGCCAGGGGCUCUGGGUCUCCGCCCGACCUGGCCUCGUCCCCGCGCGGCCCGCGGGAGCCCCCGAGCCUGGCCGAGGCGGUGUACAGCAUAUACCGCGAGCGCUCGAGCGUGGCCAGCCGUCGCCGGGCCACCGCCGCAGCCGCCAGCGGCAGCAGCAGCCCCGCGCCCUGCAGCCCACCCGAGAGCUGGGGGCGCCAGAGCACCGCCAGCUCCCUCGUGGGCUCCUCGCUGAGCGCCUUCGCGCUGCUGCCCUUGCAAGGGGACCGCGACAGGGACGGGGACGCGGAGGGCGCGAGCUGCAGCUGGCAGAGGCCCCCCGGGGAACGCGGCUCCAGAGAGAUCCCGCGGGGCGACCUCGACCAGAGCCUGAGCGACCUCCGCGGGGCGGAGGGCGGUGCGCGCUGGGCACACGGCGAGCAGGAGGAGCCCGAGGGCGCGGCGGCGGCGGUGCACACCGCCAGGGGGCAGGGCAGGCGCUUGCCCAGGACCGGCAGGUACGCGGCCCUGCGGCGCCGCAGCACCAGCGGGCUUCCAGACUACCGGGCGCCGCCUUCUCCCGAGCCCCCGCCCUCCCCGUGCAGCGCGGACCCCGACCCCAGCCUCCCUGCGCCCGCCGCCUCCACCCCGUCCCCGUCCCCGCGGCGUCCGGAGGACUCGCCCCGCGCCCGGCGGGACUCGCAGAGCUCCCAAUCGGACGACGCAUCCAGCAGCAAUAAGGGCUACACCCCGCUGCGGGAGACCGGCACCUCUUUGGAGUCGGUAGUGGACGCAGAAGCCAGGAAAUGCCAAGACUGUGAGGCCGCCACCGCCACGGGUGCCGAGCAGAGCCCCCCGGAGCGUCCCAGCCAAGAGCCGCCCACAGCCGAGCCGCCCCCGCCGCUGCAGAGGCGGUUUACAAACAGGGAGAAACUCUUCAUGAUCUCCCGCUCUCCUGCCGUGGGGGUGGAAGACGAGCUGGAAAGCACCGGCGUUUAGAGGGGAAGAAAUGCACACUUGAGUCAGUGCAUUGACCCUUCCCUGGUGCCCUUUGUGGACUGAUCCGAGGAGGAGUUCAUUCCAUAUCCAAAGAGCUGCAGAAUGUUAUCCUUGAAUUGCGUUCACAGAUUCCUGUAGAUAACUCCAAGCAAUUUUUUAAAGACAAAGCAAACUAGUCUUUUUAUGUCCGAUGGUGAUUGUAUGUUCCAUGAAAACCAAAUGUAUUAAAAGGUCAGCAAUCUAGUAGAUAAAAUUCUCUUAAUUUUCUUAGGAUGAAAAUAAUAUAUUUUUGACAGUAACUGUGCACUUUACGCCAACUUUUUUUCUUUUUAUCCCUAAUUUCCCUGACUCCUGCCCUCUCCUUUGGAUUGUGUCCAUAGCUGCUUGUGAAUGACAAGCUUUUUUUCUCCCUCCCUUUGCGGAGCUUAAAGGUUUGUCUCAGUUCUCUUAGAAUUGCUCUUAGUAAAUGAAGUUAAAGCCAAAAGCAUGAGUAAUUCAGGAAAGAGCAUUUUCCUUGUCCCAACCCACUCUCUCAGCCCGUGCAAAUGUCCAAAGUCCUCAGUUUUUUGUUUGUUUGUUUUUUUUUAAUUGUAUUUUGCAUUUUGCCACAGGUAUGUUGUGUAGACCGGAGGGCUCCAGGAGCCAGAUGGACUGUUAACUUUCCUAAAUUUGCAUUAAAAAUAUCAGGUACACCAUGCUUUAAUGAGUAUUAUCACACCUGUAUUUAAAGUAGAAUUAAUAUUUAAAAUCUUUUUUAAUAAAAGACGUUUCCAAAUGGUUAAACAUAAUAUUGCCUCAUUUUGCCUUGGAACUGAUACUUCUCAAACACAGUAAACACUUAACAGUUCAUCUGGUAAAGCUAAACUAUUUUGUUAUGACACUGCUUCUAUGAGUAUGACGGGAGCUAUCUUCCCCCAGAGUAUUCAGCACCAUCAUUGCUCAAUUUCCAGUAUAUUUUUAACUUAGGAUACAGGGUAGCAUUUAACAUUUGGGAAUUUCUCUUUCAAACAGAG